GGGUAACCCGGGCGCGUCACGUGUUGUUUUGCUGUUGGCAGAGGAGAGCGGAGAAGUUCCCUGCUGCUGCUGCUCCUGCUGCUGCUGCUGCAUCUCUGGUCCUCCGGCGAGGAGCGCGCGCAGCACCGAACGGACUGAGCGGCUGGCUAGAGCGAGCGAGCAAGCGCGGGCCGCAGCGGAGACCCGAAGCGGCCGGGGGCGCCGGGGUGGGGGACGCGCGAGCUGCGGGCCUCGCACAAGCGCUGCUCAGAAUCGCCGCCCCGGAGCGGGAGAGGGGAUGGCGAGUCCCCCCGCGGCGGAGCUUCCCGACCGCCCGCAAGGAGGCCUCAACCGCAACAACAACAACAACCACCAGCAGCAGCAGCAGCCGCCGCCGCCGCCGGGCGUGCGCAAGUGCGGCUACCUGCGCAAGCACAAGCACGGCCACAGGCGCUUCUUCGUGCUCCGCGCCGCCAGCGACGGAGCCGCCGCGGACGAAGCGCCGCCUCAGCCCGCCCGGCUGGAGUACUACGAGAGCGAGAAGAAGUGGCGGAGCAAGUCGGCGGCGCCCAAGCGCUCCAUCGCGCUCGACUCUUGCCUCAACAUCCACAAGCGGGCCGACGCCAAGCACAAGCACCUAGUGGCUCUGUACACGCGCGACGAGUACUUUGCGCUGGCAGCCGAGAGCGAGCCGGAGCAGGAGGCCUGGUACGUGGCGCUGACGGAGCUGCUCCGCGAGAGCCAGCCCGCCGGGCACGACUCCCCUCGGCGCCAGCCGCCGUCGGCCUCCCGCGAGGAGCCGCCGCUGCCCGGGGCCUCGCCUUACCGCGAGGUGUGGCAGGUGACGCUGAAGCCCCGGGGCCUCGGGCAGAGCCGCAACCUCGCCGGCGUGCACCGGCUGUGCCUAGCGGCGCGCACGGUGGGGCUGGUGCGCCUCAACUGCCAGCGGCCCUGCGUGACGCUGCAGCUCAUGAACAUCCGCCGCUGCGGCCACUCGGAUAGCUUCUUCUUCAUGGAGCUUGGUCGCUCGGCUUCGACUGGGCCCGGCGAGCUGUGGAUGCAGGCGGACGACUCGGUGGUGGCGCAGAACAUCCAUGAGACCAUCCUGGAGGCCAUGAAGGCGCUGCGGGAGCUGGCCGAGUUCCGCCCACGCAGCAAGAGCCAGUCGUCGUCAUCUUCAUCCAGUUCGUCAUCGUCCGGCGCCAGCGGAGCAUUGUCGGCUAUGUGCAGUCGACCCAUUUCGGUUCCCGGCCGCCGCCAUCACCACCCGCCCUCUCUGAUGGCGCUGCCCCCCAGCCAGGCCGGGCUUCUCCGCCGGUCGCGUACAGACACUCUGGUGGCGGGCAGAAGCAGUGGGAACCGGAGCCGGACUGCGAGUGAGGGUGACGGGGGCAGAGCUGGUUCACUAGCUGGCAGCCCCUCGGGGUCCGACGCUGGAGAGCCCCCGCUCAGCCGCUUGCACACGCCUGGGGCAGCCAGCUGCAGGCUUGGGACCCAGGCAGCUGCGCCGCCCGGUCAUUCCCUGGCCUUGUUGCGCUCCCCCUCCUUGGUUACAAAGCUGGCUACGGACCCAGGCAUGUUCUCCCAGCACCCUUCCAGCAGCAGCACCUCCGGCUCCCCUAGCGAUCCUGCUAGCUUCCUGGCCUUUGAGGAGUUGGGUCCAGCCAUGGACCCUUCAACAGCUAGUAACCACAGCAACACACCUGAGACUCCUCCUGACCUGCAGCUGGAUGGCUACAUUGCCAUGGAGCGGGGACACCUUUGUUGUUGGCCCUACAUAUGGGAGAGCGCUGGAGGAGACAAGGUUCCCAGGAAGCGCACUUACUCCCUGACAACACCAGCAUAUCGGCACCCCAUGCCAACUCUUCUCUCCUCUGCCUCGCUGGAUGAGUACACACUCAUGCGGGCUACCUUACCAGCAGCAGGGGCCCCUUCAAGGGGAACCUAUACUCCUUACCCUGAGGACUACUGUGAUGUGGACAUUGGCUCUGGCGGAACCACCAGCAGCAGUAGCAGCUCACAUCUAGGUCGCAGUGGUAGUGGGGAGGAGGGCUACAUGCCCAUGAGCUCUGGGGGAGCAGCUGUUUUGCCAUUGCAAGGUGGUCCUGGUGGUUAUAUGUCUAUGAGCCCCACCAGUGUGUCAGCUCCACAGCAGAUUUUGCAUCCUCACUCCCACAAGAUCAGCAGUGAUAACUCCCUAGAUGACAGUGACUACAUGCGCAUGUUGGGUACUAAGUUAUCUGGGGAGAGUCCUGAUGCGAGAAUGACCAGUGGUGACUACAUUGACAUGUCCCCUUUGCUGUUGCCUCCCGUCUAUGGAUCUGCCUCACCUUUGCCCUCUCCUGAUGGCUUUGCAGGCCAGGGGCUGAGGGGCCAGACCAACAACUUCUAUAACCCACUAUCUCAUGCCUGCCAAAGCCAGCCAAACUCUCUGGGUGAGAAAAAGAACAGUGACCAGUAUAUGUUAAUGAACUCACCUGUAGAGAGAUUAACUCUCACACCCAAAGGGGAGUCCUUCCUUGCUAUCUGCAACCACACAAUGAUGCCUUCAACCAUUUACUACAGCCAAACUGAGAGCUCUCUUACUCCCUACAUGAAUGAGCAACCCCCUACAAAUGAAUCACAAAGUCCCUGUGGAGAGUAUGUCCACAUUGGAUAUUCACUAGCCUGUGGCAGCUCAGCUUCCUCACUUGGCUCUGGGUUGAAUGAGCACAAUGAUUCCCUCAUCCCCAGCUAUAUGAACCUCAACUUUGAUGGGUCACAAUCAGCAGCUGCGGAAUCCUUGGAAGAUGUGUUGAUCCCAGGAUCCUGCCCCAGCCCUGGGCAACCUAACAAACAUUACCUAAAGGUUGAAAUGGAGACAACUUUUACAACAGCCACCCCAACCCAGCCCAUUUUACAGAAGCCAGAAAAUGUUAAUAUAAGCAGCCCUGUUACUGAAUUGAAGCAACUUACACUUUCUGGGGUGCAGGCCUUCAUCUUUGCCAGUCCUCCUCCUGAUCCUAAUCAUGGAGCCAAAGUAAUCCGUGCUGAUCCUCAGGGACGGCGGAGGCACAGCUCAGAGACCUUUCCCUCUACUACUACAGUGACGCCUGUUUCUCCUUCCUUUGCACACAGUCCCAAGCGACACAAUUCUGCCUCUGUGGAAAAUGUGUCCCUCAGGAAAAAUGGCUUGUUAGAAGAGCAGACCAGCAGCCCCAUGUGCCGGGAGACCUCAGCUGGCUUCCAGAAUGGCCUCAACCACAUUGCUGUUGAUGUCUUGGAAGGAGACUAUUUGGCAAGUGGUGGCCAAGGCAAGCACAAAGGCAGACACCCCUGUAAUGAAAGUAUCAAUGGUACUUGCACCAGUAUAGACUUCUUGACCCACAAUUUGAAAGAAGUCUCUUCAGUGAAAGAAUGAAGAAACCAGUAUUACCACCAUGAAAACUGCUUGAUGAAAUUUAAAACAUUUUAAAAUCCUAAUACAGUACGCUUUUUUCAGUUCCAUGGUUCUCAUGGAGGGGAAUUAUCCCAUCUCAUUCACUGAGUUUGCAACACUGUUUGCAUAAAAUAUGCUUUAGAACUUUGGACCUCUUCAGUAGGCUGACUGAGUGAGUGCCAUUUCCCCCCCCCCCCCAGCACAGUUGACUGUAUUUAUUUUUCAGCAUGUUAGGAGGUUGUGUUUGCAACUGCUACAGCAGUAAAAUCUGGUUUUUUACUGGCACCCUUUCAAACCUCUACAGCACUACCUCAGUUAAAAAUGAAACUGGAUUUGUAAUGCUGGUGUAUAAUGGCUGGCAAUAUCUUUUAUCUCAGAGCUGAGUGUUGUCAUCAGCCUUAAUGAUCAUAUCAAGAAUCCUGCUGCCGCCUGGUUGCAUCUAAGCCACUGGCUCCUCUGUUUAGUUAGCAGGCAAAGUCCAGGAUAGGAACUGAAAAAUUUAAGCCAAAACUAACUUUAGGCUUCUUAUCAGAAUAUUUAUAAUGGUUUUAAAAUAUGUAAUGGAACAUAAUGCAAUUAAACUAUACUAAGAUAUUCUUUGCCUUGUGACAUAGUUGUAUAAUUGUGUCUGUUUAGUUUUUUAACUACUUCAGGAGUACUUAAGGUCUUCUGUUUGUAUGCUUUCAUUUAUCAGCUAAUCAUGAUAUUAGUUGAAUUUCUUGUAACCAAAACCAGAUCAACAUGCUAAUAAUGGAAGUGUAUUUGUUGUUUUUGGACCAACUGAAUAUGUUCAGAACAUAAUAAUGCACUUCAUUUUAAAAGACCUCUUAUAGGAACAAAAUUUUUCAUUAAAAGAAUUUGGGGAGAGGGCAAAAACAAGUUAUUCUAGAAAUUCUCACAAGUAUACGUAGUGAAAACCAACAGUGUCAUAGCUGCUCUUUUAUAUAAAAAGGUAAAGGACCUCUGACCAUUAAGUCCAGUCACGAACAACUCUGGUGUUGCGGUGCUCAUCUCGUUUUACUGGCCAAGA